AAGGCGGUCCCUCGAGUCAGAAGAAUCUGCCACCUGGGCAGUCUCGGUCUAGAUCAUAUCAUGCGCAGUAGAUGUGCACUUCUGACAAGAGCUACAAACGCCGUUUACGACACUUGGAGCCCUCGCUGAGCCUUUCAACCGAAAUCUGUCCGUUGAAACACUGCAGAUCCUUGUCAGAGAGCGAUCAAACCCAGGUGGCAGCCCUAAUGACGCGAACGAGCGAUCGUAAAUGCAGCGACAGCCAAUCGCACCCAGAUGGUGCUCCGAGCAGUGGCAACAGAUCUCCCCAGCGCACUGGCGACGGCUCGCUGCUCAAACGCACAUGCCCCACGGAUGGGGUGUAGGCAUCAUCAGGCAGCUUGCCCACCGAGAACUACGGUGAUUGGUACCCGCGCGCUGUCCCACUGCUGGUUGAAGGAAUGAUACGGCGGCGUGAGUCAGCAGCGGGUCCGGCCCACGAGACGCCAUUCGCAGGAUGUCGUCGCGCGGCAUGGCACGGCACACGCCGAGGCAGUGCUUUGGCUGGCCCAAUAAUAGCAGCCCGGACGCGUACAUAAGGCCGCUGGUAUUACAACGCCCAGGGUUUUCUCCAACCCGUUAUUCAGACUAUGACCUCAGACUCCGCCGCAGCAAACUACUGGCCCCUCGAAGGGGCGCCGAUCCGCCGCAUGCCCAUGGCCUGCGUGAACUGCCGGAGGAGAAAAAUCAAGUGUGUGACCAGCACGAAACAGCCAAGCGCACCCUGCGAGCGGUGCACGAAGAGGAAACUGGACUGCGAGUUCGUGCCGGUGUCAGAAUCCGCUGAACAAGUGGCGCCGCACAGGAGAUCGACAUUGGGCGGCGGGAAACCUCCCCGACGACCCGACGCGGAGUCCGAGAUAUACCUGCACGCGCCAUAUCCAAUACCCGCAGCGGGGCCGGAAACAGCCCAAUGGAACGAGGCGCCGUGGGAUUAUGGAUGCAACGGGCGGGUGGCUUACGACGGGCAGGGGAAUGGGGAUGGACAUGGCUAUGACUGCGGGCUGCAAUACGGAGCUCGAGACCCAAGCCCGUCGAAACCGUUUCAGGCGCCAUAUCAGUAUAAUCAACCGGGGCAAUAUCGCGCGACUGGAGCGGAAUCGCAGAGCCAUUUUUUCGAACCCCAAAACAAAAGCUACUAUUACCCAUAGGGGGUGUCGAGUACUGUAUCAGUCCAGCCGUUUCAAUCGUUCAAUCUGCAGACAUGAGACUCGUAGGGAGAACAGGCCGACACUCACCCUAUGCCAGUUCAAAUCGUGAGAUUGCCAGGACUGAGGCAUAUCGAGUUGGAGGGAGAUCUCCUCGCGCAUCAGCUUUUUGAUGGCGAGUUUCGAGUCCUUGAUAUGCUCAUCCUCGUCUUCGUCAUUGU